AUACAUCUUUUAUAUUUAUUUUUUAAUAAUCGUAGUGUCGAGAUCAGCUUUUAUUAAUUCUAUGGAAUAUCAUCCGGCAACAAGUAUUAGGUAAUUGUAUCUAUCAAGGCCAACACAAAUAGGAAGAAUCACCCGAGUAUUUUUUUUCUCCUCUUGGCUCUCAACUACUCCACGAGUACACAUACAUUCUUUUUUCACCCUUUAUAUACUAGUGACUCUCAUUAUCUUCUAUCUUCAUCGUACACUCAGGAUGAAACUGUUAGAAUUUUUUUUAAUGUUAAUGUUGUUUACUAUUAGCACAAGUAGUGCUAGAAGGGAUAAUACAUUGAAGGUGGCUAAUGAAGAAAAAGACUACUUGAAUUGGAUUCAUCGCAUGAGUUCUCGCAAUCAUUCUGUUUUCCAAGAAGCUAAGAACAAAUUAGAGCCUUGUAAAUUUAUUAAGGUGAAUAAAAACCCGAAAUUCGGAGAUUUUACUACGGUUCAGAAGGCUAUUGAUUCAAUCCCAAUAGUCAAUUCGUGUCGAGUGGUUAUUUCUGUUAGUCCUGGAACUUACAGGGAAAAGAUUGAAAUUCCAGCAACAAUGGCUUACAUUACCCUGGAAGGUGCUGCUUCACAUAAAACAACUAUCAAAUGGGAUGACACUGCAGAUAGGACAGGAAAAAGUGGCCAACCAAUGGGAACUUAUGGUUCCGCAACUUUUGCUGUUAAUUCCCCCUAUUUCAUUGCCAAAAACAUCACCUUUAAGAAUGUAGCACCACCACCACCAUCAGGGGCACUAGGAAAGCAAGCGGUGGCAUUAAGAAUAUCGGCAGACACAGCGGCGUUCAUAAAUUGCAAGUUCAUUGGAGCACAGGACACACUGUAUGAUCACAGGGGCAGGCACUAUUUCAAGAACUGUUAUAUUCAAGGUUCUGUAGAUUUUAUAUUUGGUGAUGGGCUCUCCCUUUAUGAGAAUUGUCAUUUACGUGCAAAAACAAAAAGCUAUGGGGCAUUGACAGCCCAGAAGAGGGAGAGUUUACUGGAGGAAACUGGAUUCUCUUUUCUCAAUUGCAAAGUUACUGGAUCUGGUGCUCUUUACUUGGGCAGGGCUUGGGGUACUUUCUCUAGGGUCGUAUUUGCUUACACUUAUAUGGAUAAAAUUAUCACAUCAAAGGGAUGGUAUGACUGGGGAGAUAAGAACAGGCAUAUGACGGUAUUUUUUGGGCAAUUCAAGUGUUCAGGACCAGGGGCAGACCAUGGUGAAAGGGUGAAAUGGUCCAGGGAGCUCACUGAACAAGAAGCUAAACCGUUUAUCUCACUCAGUUUCAUAGAUGGUCAUGAAUGGUUACUCCAUAUUUGAUUUCUUUGAUGGCAGUCAGCAGUCUUUACUCCUGUACAAUUACGCAAUUCAUAUUGCAAAGUUAGAAAAUUAUUUUUCCCAGGCACCGUCUUAUAGAGCGAUUUUCCCAUCCACGACCACAAAAAUAGAAAAAGAACCUACUCCUACUUUCAUCAAACCAGAAUACAGUUGCGCAACAAUAAAUUUUAUCA